CUACAACCUAUUCACAACUUAAUAAACUACCCACCGCUAGAUCACCGCGCGUCCACCGAACUUCAAAACCCUCGAUGCACCGCAUAUCCCCUCACUUCCACCUAGGCUUUUGUGUUAGAGCUCCCGCUCCGACAUUUUCUUUCUCACUUCUCAACCUUCAAAAAACACGGCUCAGAAUCGUCGACGGCGUAGCAGAGAGGAAGAAAAAGAAGAAUCAAACAUGGCUGCACCCGAAUCUCCUCUCUGCUACGUCGGCAUCGCUCGCCAAUCUGCUGCUUUUCGCCUCAUGAAGCAAAUGGGAUGGGAAGAAGGAGAAGGGCUUGGGAAAGAUAAACAAGGGAUCAAAAGUUACGUUAGAGUUAAAAACAAACAGGACACUAAUGGUGUUGGAUUAGAUAAGCCGAAUCCAUGGGCCUUCGAUACAGCUCAGUUUGAUAGUAUUCUCAAAAGAUUGAAAGUGCAGCAAGCGGUGCAAACUAAUGAUGAAGCCGACAAGAAUGAAAAUCAAGUAGAAACCAAGACCAAUGUGUCUAAUGACACUGAAGAACAAGUUUUGAAGGCUACCCGACCACAGGGAAGAUAUAAGAGAAGAGAAAGAGGGAAGCUUGUGGAUGCAUAUUCUUCAAAGGAUCUUGAAGGAAUUCUUGCCAAAAAGGUUGAGGAGUCAUCACUGGCAAAUCCUGAUGUGGGUGGUGAAAUUGAGUUGAUAGAGACGACUGAAAGUCAGGAUUUUACCACUGAAGGGAACAAAGUUGAAAGUGUUUCCCCAGAAUGGUGGGGCCAUAAAUAUGGAUUUGUUUCUGGAGGUUUCCUGGGAGAAUCUACCAGAAAGAAAUCAAUCAAAGCUGGAAAUUCUAAAAAUUUAACUGAGAGAACUGUAUUUUUUGAAGAUGACCAGGAGAAUCUGUACAAACUUGCACAAGAUAAUGCCACAACUGGAAAGCAAGGUCUGGGUAUUAAAGUUCAACCAAAGAAAAUAGCUGGAGUUCGGUUUUUGGGGAGAAAGACGUCAUUUAGUGAUAGUGAUAGUGAGGAUUUUGAUGAUGUUGGUCCUCCAGCAAAACGAAUGCGUGAGAAUGCACUAGAUAUGGAGAAAGCUGAUGAACCAAAAGUGAAGUUGAAAAAGCUAUGUAAACAGCUUCUUUGGCAGGUACCCGGAGAGUCAUUAAAACUAAAUCGGCUGAAAAUUCUUAUUGAUGAACAAUCAUCCUCAGUUUUUUCCAACUUUUCUUCAAAGAAAGAUGUUCUUGCCUACUUGAAACGAAAGCUUGAAGGCAGUAGCAAGUUUUCUGUGGAGCGGAAGCGAGUGAGUCUUACAUCACAGAGCGGCUAAAUUAGGCUUCAUUGGUAUGGUUUGAUCAGUUUAAUAUUUUCAUUAGAAUUUAGAGAUACGAAAGUUGUAAGGAUGACAACAACCAUGUUUGCCGUACCAAAAAAUUUGAUAGAAGUGGCCAAAGCAUUGGAUGUUUAUGCGAAUAUUAUCCCAGAGAUUUCGAGGACUAUCAUUUAAUGAAGUGUUAAUGAUUUAUCAAUGUUUACUCGUUUCACAGUUGCCACAGGUAUGUUCUCUUCAAGCAGUUAUAUCUUGGUACUGUUUCUAAGCUUUAUUGCUUUGUAAAUGUAAAGUCUGAACCCAACAAUGUUAUCCACAUGCUUGCAUCGAAGAUUAGACAAUGCUAACUGUUAUCAAA